GAGAAGACCUCCCUGCUCAGUUCCAGGCAAGCCGGACGAACUUUGCCAACCAGACCGUAGGAAAGAACACCGGACGAAGUCGUAAUAGUUGAAGUGCAAUCGACUAAACAUUUUGUGCAUAGAGAGAGCGACCACAAGAUAUAUUAGUAGAAAGUGUUACUGAUAAUGGCUGGCAUUUUCAAACAGCCAAGUGCGUUUGCAAUCACACCGCACAAAGUUUCAGUUUGCAUACUCCUUAAGAUCUAUGCUCCACCAGGACAAAUAUCGGUCCCCUUUGCUUUCUCUUCCGUUGCUCAGCACAACCGGCUUGGGUUGUUCUUGUUGGCCCUCACCAAGUCAUGCGAUGAUAUCUUGGAGCCGAAAUUGGAUGAACUCAUUCAUCAAUUAAGGGUGGUUGGUGGCCUCUCAAAUCAUUGGUUUAUUGACCAUUUGACAAGUAGAUUAUCGUCUUUGUUAUCACCUGAUGAUUUGUUUAACUUCUUUACAGAAAUGAGAGGAAUACUUGCAGGUCCUGAUUCAGGUGUUGUUGAGGACGACCAGGUGAUAUUGGACCUAAACAGUAACCUGGGGAUAUUUCUUCGACGUUGUGUACUGGCAUUCAAUUUGCUAUCUUUUGAGGGUGUAUGCCAUCUUUUAACAAACAUUGAGAUAUAUCGUAAAGAAGCACCAUCAAGCUGUCCUCCUUAUGAGCAACCUUGUUUAGAUGACUCUAGUAGCAAUAUUGAGACAUGUUCAGAAUAUGAGAACAUGGACCUGGAGAACUUUGUGUAUGAGAAGGUUUCAGAAGAAAUUGAGGCAAGAAAGGAGGCUAGUGAAAAAGUUCCAUUUCAUCUUCAUGCACCAAAAACACUUUUGGAUUUAGUUGAUGAUAUUGAUGUUCCUCCUAAUUUGGUGUCCAAACAUACUGAGAAAGGCAGAGAAGCUGGUUCUUAUGGAGAUCCUUCGAGUAACAUGCUGCCAGAUAUUGAUCCCAGUACUGGGAUAUUUCUCCGAACAAACUGGCAAGUACAAGGUUACUUACAAGAGCAAGCUGAUACCAUUGAAAAGGAUGGUAGCUCUGUCUCAUUGAAUGGGUUUGAAAUUGUUCUCCGGCAGCUACAAAAGAUGGCACCUGAACUACAUCGGGUUCACUUUUUGCGCUACUUGAACAGUCUUUCCCAUGAUGAUUAUAUUGCUGCUUUGGAGAAUCUUCAUUGCUAUUUUGAUUAUAGUGCAGGGACUGAAGGAUUUGAUUUUGUUCCCCCGGCUACCAGUAAUAGCUUUGGAAGAUAUGAGAUUGCUUUAUUAUGUUUGGGGAUGAUGCAUUUUCAUUUUGGGCAUCCAAAGCUAGCUUUGGAGGUUCUGACAGAAGCCGUUCGUGUUUCUCAGCAGCAAAGUAAUGAUACCUGUCUUGCGUACACCUUAGCAGCUAUCUCAAACUUGCUGUUUGAAAAUGGCAUCUCGAGUACAUCAAAGAUGCUAGGAUUGUCCUACUCACCUUUGACAAGCAUAGGCAUUACACUCUCAGUUCAACAACAGUUAUUCGUGCUCUUGAGAGGUUCUUUGAAAAGAGCAGAAAGUUUAAAGUUAAAACGUUUGGUGGCUUCUAAUCAUCUAGCAAUGGCCAAGUUUGAUUUAACGCAUGUACAGAGGCCCUUGCUAUCAUUUGGUCCAAAAGCUUUUAUGAAGCUUGGGACAUGCCCAGUUAAUGUAUGCAAGGAAAUCAGAUUGAGUUCUCAUCUGAUUAGUGACUUUGGCUCAGAGAGUUCUGCAAUGACAGUUGAUGGUGCUUUUAGCACAGGAUGGCUUAAAAAUUUACAGAAGCCGACGGGUUCUCUAGUUUUGUCACAAGAGAAUAUGUCUAGUAAUAGUUCUAACAUUUUUCAGUUCUGUGCACAACCCACAUUUGUUCCUGGAUCUGUAUUGCAAUUGUUGGGUUCAUCUUAUCUUCUUCGUGCAACUGCAUGGGAGUUAUAUGGCAGCGCUCCACUCUCUCACCUGAAUGCGCUGGUGCAUGCAACUUGCUUUGCUGAUGUAUCAAGCUCAUCAGAUGCAGCAUUAGCAUACGUAAAGCUCAUUCAGCAUUUGGCAGUCUUUAAAGGAUACAGAGAGGCCUUUUCUGCCCUUAAAAUGGCAGAAGAGAAGUUUCUGUCUGUCUCAAAAUCACAAAUCUCACUGUUCAAGUUGCAGUUACUUCAUGACCGUGCUUUACAUCGAGGGCAGUUAAAGCUAGCUCAACAAGUAUGUGAUGAACUUGGAGUUCUGGCAUCACCAGUAACUGGAGUAGACAUGGAGCUGAAGACAGAAGCUGGCCUACGCCAUGCUCGCACAUUGCUUGCAGCAAGUCAAUUUAGAGAGGCGGCCACUGUAGCACACUCCCUCUUUUGCAUGUGCUACAAAUACAAUCUGCAAGUUGCGAAUGCUUCUGUUCUCCUGUUGCUUGCUGAAAUUCAUAAGAAAUCAGGGAAUGCAGUUCUAGGCCUUCCAUAUGCAUUAGCAAGCCUCUCAUUUUGCCAGUCAUUUAAUUUGGAUCUUCUCAAGGCCUCUGCUACUCUUACUCUUGCUGAGUUGUGGCUCUCAUUGGGAUCAAGCCAUGCAACAAGGGCUCUGAACCUUAUCCAUGGGGCCUUCCCCAUGAUUCUGGGUCAUGGUGGUUUGGAGCUCCGCUCUCGGGCCUAUAUUGUUGAAGCAAAAUGCUAUCUCUCUGAUCCAAACUUCAUUGUCUCUGAAAAUUAUGAAUUUUUGAUUGAUUCUCUGAGACAAGCAUCAGAAGAGCUCGAACUUUUGGAGUAUCAUGAAAUGGCGGCUGAAGCUUUCUAUUUGAUGGCCAUGGUAUAUGACAAGCUGGGACAGUUAGAAAAAAGGGAAGAAGCUGCAGUUUCAUUCCAGAAGCAUAUUUUGGCCCUCAACAACCCUCAGGAUGAAGAUGAUGAUCCUCUUGUUUAGCAUGUUCUUUAAAACGCCACUACUCCAAGGUUGUUUUAGGAGGUUGGCUUGGAAGCAAUCUUACUAAACUGUAACUUUUGUUUAUAUAUUUAUCAAUCCAUGAAAUGGAUAAAUCAUUUGUUGCAGUGUGAAUCAUAGAAGUGUCUGGGAGGUCUAGUGGUGUGACCUGUGAGGAGCACAGAAAGUUUACCAGAAAGGUCUUAGGCUGAAACCUUAUUGUGUACUAAGAGAAGUCCUAUUUGCAUUUGGCAACCUUGUGCGUGUUUGAUUGAAAGUGCUAAUAGUAAUUGCGUAUCAUAUUCUCUCAUUCAAAUA